GCGCCUACACAAUAGAUUCUCCUUAUCUUAUCUCUCGUCCUUCCUAUCACAACAAUUCAGACGCAGAGAACUGAGAGUCUCCGUUUGCACGCACCAUUACCACCCACCCCUACACAGCCCAAGCCAAUGAAACCUACCUUUCCAAUCCAAUCCAAUUUCCUCACUAUAUAUCAUUUUUUCAAUUUCCCUUCGCAAUUCUAAGUUCAAACCAUGGCAGCGUCAUCAUUCUGUUCCUCUUUUACCUCCAAAACUUGGAACUCGCACACGCGUUGUUACUGCCACAAAACCCUAACUCUACCGGAUUCCGCUUUUCUUCGCGGAGGCUUCCACCUCCAUCCGCCGUCGGUUUCUAAAACACGGCGAAGCAGGAGGACCCGAUCGGGUGCGGUAGCGUCCCUCGGAGGAUUGCUUGGCGGUAUCUUCAAAGGAACCGAUACCGGCGAAGCCACGAGGCAGCAGUAUGCUGCAACCGUUAACAUAAUCAAUGGAUUGGAAUCGGAGAUUUCUGCAUUGUCGGAUUCGGAACUGAGGGCGAAGACUUUUGCACUGCGAGAACGCGCGCAACAGGGCCAGUCUUUGGAGUCUCUCUUGCCUGAGGCGUUUGCUGUUGUAAGAGAAGCGUCCAAGAGAGUUUUGGGCCUUCGUCCAUUCGACGUACAGCUGAUAGGGGGCAUGGUUCUUCAUAAGGGAGAGAUAGCGGAAAUGAGGACAGGAGAAGGGAAGACACUGGUUGCUGUUUUGCCAGCUUAUUUAAAUGCAUUAAGUGGGAAGGGAGUUCAUGUUGUUACCGUCAAUGAUUAUCUGGCUCGGCGGGAUUGCGAGUGGGUUGGUCAAGUUCCUCGCUUUCUUGGAUUGAAGGUUGGCCUCAUUCAGCAGAAUAUGACAAGUCAGCAAAGAAAGGAAAAUUAUUCAUGUGACAUAACGUAUGUCACUAAUAGUGAGCUUGGUUUUGAUUACUUGAGAGACAAUCUUGCCACGAGUGUCGAGGAGCUUGUCAUAAGGGGUUUCAAUUAUUGUAUCAUUGAUGAGGUUGAUUCAAUCCUUAUUGAUGAAGCUAGAACUCCACUUAUUAUAUCAGGACCUGCAGAGAAACCCAGUGAUCGAUAUUAUAAGGCUGCAAAGAUAGCAGAAGCCUUUGAGCGAGACAUACAUUACACUGUGGAUGAAAAACAAAAAACGGUUCUACUUUCUGAACAGGGUUAUGAAGAUGCUGAAGAAAUUUUAGCUGUCAAAGAUUUAUAUGAUCCACGAGAACAGUGGGCUUCAUAUGUCCUAAAUGCAAUAAAAGCAAAAGAACUAUUUCUUCGAGAUGUAAACUACAUAAUUCGUGGCAAAGAGGUUCUGAUUGUUGAUGAGUUUACUGGUCGAGUCAUGCAGGGGAGAAGGUGGAGUGAUGGACUUCACCAAGCAGUUGAGGCAAAGGAAGGUUUGCCAAUUCAAAAUGAAACUGUAACACUGGCUUCUAUUAGUUACCAGAAUUUCUUUCUGCAGUUCCCCAAACUUUGUGGUAUGACUGGUACUGCAGCAACAGAAAGCACAGAAUUUGAGAGCAUUUACAAGCUUAAAGUUACAGUUGUGCCAACAAACAAACCUAUGAUAAGAAAGGAUGAAUCUGAUGUAGUUUUUAGGGCAACUUCAGGGAAAUGGCGUGCAGUUGUAGUGGAAAUCUCUAGAAUGCACAAAACUGGUCGCCCAGUGCUUGUUGGCACCACUAGUGUUGAGCAGAGCGAUUCCUUGUCAGUGCAAUUGAAAGAAGCUGGAAUUCCACAUGAGGUUCUUAAUGCAAAACCAGAAAAUGUUGAGAGGGAAGCAGAGAUUGUAGCACAGAGUGGUCGUCUUGGGGCAGUGACAAUUGCUACCAAUAUGGCUGGUCGUGGGACAGAUAUAAUCCUUGGUGGUAAUGCUGAAUUUAUGGCACGGUUGAAGCUUCGUGAGAUACUGAUGCCAAGAGUUGUUAAGCCAGAUGAAGGAGUCUUUGUGUCAGUAAAGAAACCUCCUCCCUUCAAGACAUGGAAGGUGGAUGAGAAAUUAUUCCCGUGCCUAUUAUCAAAUAAAAAUGCUGACGUGGCUGAGAAGGCUGCACAAUUAGCUGUUGAAACAUGGGGCAAGCGAUCAUUAACUGAGCUUGAAGCAGAGGAGCGCCUAUCCUAUGCCUGUGAAAAGGGCCCUGCUCAAGAUGAAGUCAUUUCCAAGCUGAGAAAUGCAUUUAUGGAAAUUGGCAAGGAAUAUAAAGUCUUCACAGAGGAAGAGAGAAAGAAGGUUGUGGAAGCUGGUGGACUACAUGUAGUGGGCACAGAGCGUCAUGAGUCAAGGCGAAUUGAUAAUCAGCUGCGUGGUCGAAGUGGCAGGCAAGGGGAUCCGGGAAGCUCGCGCUUCUUUUUAAGUCUUGAAGAUAACAUUUUUCGGAUUUUUGGUGGAGACCGAAUUCAGGGCUUAAUGCGAGCUUUCAGAGUUGAAGACCUACCUAUUGAGUCCAAGAUGCUGACCAAAGCAUUAGAUGAAGCCCAAAGGAAAGUGGAGAACUAUUUCUUUGACAUUCGGAAGCAGUUGUUUGAGUAUGAUGAAGUACUUAACAGCCAAAGAGAUCGUGUUUAUACAGAGAGAAGACGAGCCCUUGAAUCUGACAAUCUUCAGUCUCUUCUUAUUGAAUAUGCUGAAUUGACAAUGGAUGACAUAUUAGAGGCCAACAUUGGUUCUGAUGCUCCGAAAGACAAUUGGGAUCUUGAAAAACUAAUUGCGAAAAUUCAGCAAUAUUGCUGCUUAUUGAAUGAUCUAACCCUUGAUUUGCUGAGGGACAAGUGUUCAGAUUAUGAGGAAUUGAAGAAUUAUCUCCGUCUUCGUGGUCGAGAAGCCUACCUGCAGAAAAGGGAUAUUGUGGAGCAACAAGCACCAGGCUUGAUGAAAGAAGCAGAGCGGUUUUUGAUCUUGAGUAAUAUCGAUCGCCUGUGGAAAGAACAUCUGCAAGCCCUAAAAUUUGUUCAGCAAGCUGUGGGUUUACGGGGAUAUGCACAGCGGGAUCCACUUAUUGAGUAUAAGCUUGAAGGCUAUAACCUUUUCUUGGAGAUGAUGGCACAAAUAAGAAGAAAUGUUAUUUAUUCUGUAUAUCAGUUCCAACCUGUGCUGGUAAAGCAAGAUCAAGAUAAAACACAGAAUCGGGAAUCAGGGAAACGUAGCGGACGAAAUCGGGUUAAUCCCAACUCUGAUCCAGUUGGCACUGUUGAGCCUUCCACAUCAAGUGCUAGUUCCUAAUCCAGCCCUCGAGUCUAAACAAUUGAACGAGAAGGAACAACUUGAAAGCUUCAGUUGAUCCUCCAUGCAUGUAAGAAUUUUUUGUAAUAUAGAAUUUGUGAUGAUCAGGCGCUGUAAAAAUUUAGGUUUAAUUAUACUUUUACACCGUAAAAAUUUAAGCUGAAGUCUAUAUUUUAAUAUUUAACAAAUUUGAUUCUGGU